AUGAGCGGGUUUACUGGCAAGCGGAGUGGAAUUACAGAGCGUGUGGAGCUGCAUGUGUUUUAUGUUCCUGAUGAUCAGUUUGAUCGGAGGUUGAAUAAAGUAUCAGCUGAAGCUGUGGACACUUUCAUCUCAGCUGGAUUUAUCAGAGUCGAUUCAGAUGUGAGUCUGUCUGAUCUCAGAUCUGAUCUUGGAACAUUUCUUGGGCUGGACAGGAUCGCAGAUAGAUAUGUUUUUUUUAAAUGUGUUGGCAGAAGUUUGGCACUGGUUAAAUUCAGACAAGAGGGAGAACUGACAGUAAAAUCCUUCACUCCACCAUUUGCUCCUUUUCCUGAGCUCUACAUUUUACCCGUGGGAGAGAAUGACAGUUGCCUUUGCUCUAGCUCUCUGACCCCUGAUACUUUAAUUAGCAACACUGACCAUCACAGUCACAAUUUGCCCAGACCAACAUGUGUGCCUGGCAAUAUAAAAGAGCCCAUUAAAUUCCCCUCAAUCAAUAAAGGACCUCAGCAGUCUGUCCUAAUGCAGGAUGCAGAGGAGGAUGAGAGUGAUGAAGACACAGGAUCCACUGACACUCCUCAUCUAACACACAGUUCGCAAGAUCAGAUUGGGCCCGUACACAAACAGUCCGACAGACGUCUUGCUAAGCAGGGAGGCUUUUCUCAAGUAGAAAUUAAUACAGCUGCAAAAAAGAAACAUUGUUUUAAAAGAAAAAACAGAAACUCUGGAGCUAUGGAGUCAUUUGGGGAUUCUCAUGGACUGGCAAGGAAAUUCAACAGUUCUCUGACACUGAAAUCAAGUGAAGAAAAUAUGGUUCUUAUGUAUAGACCAACCUCUCCACUCCCAGCAGAGAGAAGUUCUCCACUGUCUGUCUAUUCCCUUGAACUUUAUACACAACAAACAACCACUAAAAAUGAACUGAUAGAGGAAAUCAAGCUACUCAAAGGGCAAAGAAAGGAGCUUGAACAAACAAGGCAAGAGCUUUUGAAAAAUGGCAGAGAGCUUUUAGCUCUUAACAGACAUCGCAGGAACCAAGCACGUGACCGGUGGAAGAGGCAAUAUUUUGAUACUAAGAAGGCAACAACACUUCUGGAGGACACACUGAAGAGUGUACGACUGGAACUUCACACCUUCUACAGUAAAAUGCUACAACAACUCCAAGCCCGGGAUGGUGCAAAACGACGAACGCAAGCAAAGAAACAUUCAAGCACAAAGUUAAAGAAUGAGUUGAUAAUCCAGAUUAUGACAGAGAGCAGUGAAAUUGAUAAUCUGAGGAAAAAUGUGGAUGAUGCUAAAAUGAAACUGGCUACAGAGAUCAAGUUGAGAAAGCAAGCUGCCACAGAACUACAGGCCCUGAAAGCAGAACUGAUGCAAAAGAGAGCUCAGUUAUAAAGAAACACAGAAUACAUGUCUAUGUGCUCAGCAUUAGGUUUCGUAGAAAUUAGAUUUGAAAUGUGUUUGUAUUGUCCGUAUCUCAGAAGAUCAAAGUGUCUGAGGUUCUUAAAGACUUACAGGAACACAAUACGUGAAUAUGUUCUCUAAAUGUAAUUGUUUAGUGCAGGGGUUCCCAACCACAUUUCCAACCCACAACCAGGAUACCUUUGGCAAUAUUACAAAUGCAUUAAGUCCAAACAUGAUGGAAAAAGAUCAAACUGUCAUGCAUGCAUUCAUUUGUCCAUUAACAGCUGUGUUUGUGUUACACUACACAUAGCUAUUAUUGAGAAUACUUAUUCUUCUGAAUAAGUAUGAGAUGGGUGUGUUGUAGUUCGUUCCAGUUUUAAUGUUUGAAAACAGUUAUGCAUCUGGAGGUCCCAAGGAAUUUGUAUGGCGGUCACAGGACACAACUAUAGGAAUCAGUCUCUAGAUGGGUGAAGGGCAGAAACUGCAUGUGGACCAAUGGGAUGUUAGUCUGUCCUUCCCGGGCUUGGAACCAGAGGUCUUCUUCUUGCCCUCUAAGAAGUGUUUGGCCAUUGUCCUAGCAUUUCUAUCUGAUGGCAGACAGUUUAUUUGUGUUCGUCCACCAAGAUCCAAUCAAAAUGUAGCAAACCUUUGUCCACUGUUGUGGUCAGAGGGGCCCCACCAUAAAACUGGGCUCUGGAAUGUGCUGUUCACCACAUUAGAGAGCACUCUGUCCCAACCACAAGAAUAUGGAAAUACCACCUAAUCACACUGCAAAAAAAAAAUUAUGUUGUUCCUCGGUAUUUCAUUUUACAGUGCAAA